AUGGGGCCCCCGGGCAAUAGGGGAUCAUGGGGCCCCUGUGUCCUUGCCCAAACUCAAAAAAGCCUAUGAAAAAGCAUGUCAUUGGGAGUGUGGGAGGAGACCCACACAAGUGCAGGGACAAUGAGAAAACUCCAGGUAGGCAGUGCCAUGGUUGGGACCAGGGGCAGACUGACAAAUCAUGGGGCCCCCGGGCAAUAGGGGAUCAUGGGGCCCCUGUGUGCUUGCCCAAACUCAAAAAAGCCUAUGAAAAAGGUACCAGGGGCAUCUCAUGGGGCCCCCUACUGACCCCGCUACUGACUGGCAGUGUUUCCAAAUGGUCAGUCUGCCCCUGGUUGGGACUCAAACCAAUG